AUGAGCCUCAACUUUAGCGACCUCAACAAGGGCAUGGUGAUCGAACUGGAAAACCAACCCUGGCAGGUGAUGGAUUACGAGCGCCAUAAGAUGCAGCAACGCGCACCCGUUACCCGCAUCAAAAUGCGCAACCUCAUCAGCGGGGCAGUGAUAGAGCGGACCUUCCAGCGCUAUGACACCGCAUUCAGCCUGGCCGAAAUCGAUGCUCGGGACACGCAAUACCUGUAUACCGACGGUUCGCAUUAUUUCUUUAUGGAUCAGGAAACCUUCGAUCAACACGAAUUGACCGAGGCACAAUUGGGUAGUUCUUUGGGUUAUCUCAAAGAGAGCAUGAUGGUUGAGGUGGUGUUCUACAAGGGUUCAGCCAUAAACAGAUUCGGUGACCUGCCACGCAUUGCGGCGCUGAUGCUCUCGCCGACCGUUUACUCCGUCGCCCAGGUGGGUGUGUAUCUCAAGGAAAAACUUGAGUCAGAUUCACUGCUGUCCAGUUUGACUGUGCAGGGCGAGGUGGCCAACCUGCGGACGGUAGCGUCGGGGCACUCGUAUUUCACCUUGCGCGGCGAUGGCAGCAGCAUCCGCUGUGUGAUGUUCAGGGGCCGUUCCGGUCAGGAAUACCUGGACGAGGGUCAAGAAAUAUUGGCCGGCGGGACGUUCACUUUCUAUCCGCCGUCAGGGGAGGCCAACCUGCAGGUCGUCGCUGCCUUGCCAGUCGGGGAAGGAGCCCUGGCUCUGGAGUUAGCCCGUCUGCGCCAGGCGCUGCAAUCGGAAGGGUUGUUUGACGCGUCUCGAAAACGCCCGCUGCCGCUAUUCCCCCGGAUGGUGGGCGUUGUAACUUCUCCAAGCGGAGCCGUAUGGCAAGACAUACAAAACGUGGUCCGCCGCCGUUACCCGUUGACCCAAUUGCGACUGUGUCCAUCCGCCGUACAAGGCGAGGCAGCCGCCGGCCAAAUUGCCUCCGCCAUCACCAGGCUCAACACCGAGUCGAUGGUUGACGUGAUUAUCGUUGCCCGUGGCGGCGGGUCGCUGGAAGACCUGUGGUGUUUCAACUCCGAGGAGGUAGCCCGCGCCAUAUUUGCGAGCAAAGUUCCGGUAGUCUCCGGCGUUGGCCACGAAACGGAUUACACCAUCGCUGACGACGUGGCAGAUCAACGCGCGCCCACUCCAUCCGCCGCGGCCGAACUGGUUACGCCCGACUCCAGGCAAUUGAUGGCCAACGUUCACUCCGGACGACAGCAGGCUGCCUACGCCAUGAACUCAGUAGUGACCAAGCACCGUAACGGCGUGGAAAGGUUGUGGCAACGUCUCAAGCGACGCGCCCCGGAUGUCGGACUCAUGAAACGACAGGUCGACGAUUUGCAAACCAGGGCAGCAACCCGAGUAUUGCUGCGCAACGACUAUCUCAAACGCGACGUUUCGAUGCUGCACGCCCGACUCACCGCGUUGGAGCCUGCUGCAACAUUGCGUCGCGGUUAUGCAGUGGUCAACCGGUCGGCAGACGGCACCAUAAUCACCCACCCUCAGCUGGUAGCAGACGGCGACCCGCUCGACAUUACUGUCGCUGGCGGGGUCUUGGCAGCGACUGCCGGGAGUCAGGCCGACCACAUUGCUCAAAGUCGCCAGGAACCAGCGCCGGCAGUGAGCCACAUCGAACCGAACCUACCGGAUGUACAUGCCGACGACGAUGCACUGUUGCCAGAACCCGGCCCCGUCGCUCCCCGACGUCAAGCUCGUCGGGGCCGCAAGGCUGCUCCGGCGCCUCCUCCAGCCAUGCGGCCGCUGCUCUGA